AUGAUUUAUUCCUUGCACGCUCUCUUCGCGCUGACGUUUAAAAAUAUUAUAUUUUCAAUUCGUACGCAGCUCUCACUAGUAACCCUUUCCCUGAUGGAGACGCUCAUCGACCUGAACUGCGAAGACGUGAUGAUCGAGUUGGUGUUCAAGUACCUCCUCAACGGCCACCACUUGAUAUCGCCACACAAGCACAAAUUAUCAGACCCAGAGAACUUUCGAGAAGCCGCGAUGGCAUUUCUGGACUUGCAACCCAAAUGCUGCCAGAGGCCGUUGGUUUAUACAAGGCAGUGGGUUGAUGAUAUGGCGUUAAGUGGGAAGAGAGUACUGGACUUGAGGCCUGGUGAUGAGAGCCGGGUGAACGGAGUGCACGGUGAUAUCGCGAUGAACAAUCUAGUCCAGGAAAUUAACUUUGAUUAUGGGAAUCCAAACGAAACACUAAUAGGCAACUAUCACGCGUACCUCAGCGACAGUCGUGUCGAAAUUGUGACGCGGACGAUAGCCUGCUCCAACUGGAGCUCGCGAUACGCGGCCGUAGCGAAACGAGAACCUAACAACAACGCGAAGGAUAAGGAGAUAGAAACAUCGCCGACCGAAGAUAGCCUUGUGUCGAUAUGCACCAGCGGCUACGAGACUCUGAAGACCAGUGACACAUCCGAGAAAGAGCACAGUCUCAACUCCCUCGUGGAGGAAAAGGAGGAUGUGGUGGAGAAGGAUAUGGGCGGGGACAAAGAGGAUGGGAACAAAGAGCACGACAGCCUCACGUCGUUCGGCGAGAGCAGUGGAUAUGACAGCUUCAAGUAUAGGGAUGAGUGCGAGGGUUACGCGGAGGAUUCGUUCAAGAAGAGUUUCGAGAAGGAGGGAGAUGACGGGAGCGACUGUGACGCGCCGGUCAGGAGUUGGAGGAUUAAUGUUGAAACUGUUAUUGGUCCCUUACUAGCUCAACUGCUGAAGAAAGUAUCGCUUCUCCUGGAAUCGGACGUAGCGACGAAUUGCCGUGUGACUAGCGUGAUAUACAAGCUAUGUUCCUUCCCAGCGCCUCUGCUCGUUUCGCUAUUACUGUGCCCAGCUUUUAUCCUGCCCAAUCUACCCUCUUUAUAUCAGAUCCUCAAUAAACUGAGGGAAGAAAUAGACGAGCUAGUGGAAGGCAUGGACAAUAUACCCGAGUUGGUGGACAUGGCGCGCGUGUUCCUCAUACAGCGCGAGAUGGCGCUGGUGCGGCGGGCGCUUACCAACGACGAUAAUAAAGCGCAAAGAGCACAAACGGGCGUCACGUUCCAAAGAAGUGAGUCGAAACGCCGAAGCCUCUCGUCCAGUAUAUCGAACAUGUUCGCCAGGAAGGUGCCGCCGUCCCCACCACAAAUCAAUAUGAACUACACGCCGCUUCACACGCAAAAGCGUCCAGCGUUCACACAAGAGUCAUAUUGGAAUCAAUCGAUUAAACUCCGCUCGAUACUAAACGCUGUGAUCCUCGACGAGUGGCUCAAGGAAUUGUCGUCCUUAUGUCAAGAGCAGGCUCUUCGACUGUCAGCGGAGUACUAUGAAGAUGAGAGUUUCAUACGAACGUUGGCUUUAUGACUAAAGGUCAAAGCCUCGCAGGGCAAAGUCAAGAAGAAAGUAGUUUUCUUUGAACCGUCUGUUGAUACACAGGUAUAAUGCGAGGUUUUAAAUUACAAAAAUGUUCAAAAUUUAAUGAUAUACUGAAAUAUGUAUAAGUCAUUAUAAGGAAUGCGGAGAAAAAGAGGUUCGAAUAGCCAUGAA